AUGACGACCGACCCCGCCGCCGACAAGUAUCACCAAGUCGCGUCGCCAGCCAACUCGACCUCCGUCCCGGUGAGCACCGCUGAAUCCGCUGACGUGUCGGAUCCCGUGCCACCCCGGUUGGCGUCGUUGGCGCAAUUGUUUCAUUUCGCCGACAGAACCGACUACGUGCUCAUGGCGGUCGGGUCCAUCGCGGCCAUUGCGACCGGCUUGUGCGAGCCCAUUCAGAUGGUCCUCCUAGGCAACGUGAUUAACGCGUUCACCAAGCCGCAGGAGUCGACAUCCGCAGUGCCGUUUGACCGGGACGCGUUUCAGCGCGGCAUCUACCACGUUUUCGUCCAGCUUGUCAUCCUUGCCGCGGUCGUCUUCGUGUGCGGGCUCCUUCAAAUUGCAUGCUGGUCCAUCACGUCGUCCCGCCAGGCCAAGAAGAUCCGCCAUGCGUUCGCGUCAGCGAUCUUGCGCCAAGACGUCGCGUGGUUUGACACAGUUGAUCCAAUGCAGCUCGCCACGCGAGUCGCGCACACGACGCUGCUCGUACAAGAAGGCAUUGGUCGAAAAGUCGGCGACGGGAUUAACUUCUGCUCGAUUGGCGUGACGGGCCUCGGGCUGGCUUUCUACUACGGAUGGCAGCUCUCGCUCGUGCUCCUGGCCUUUGUUCCGCUCAUGACGAUCAGUUCGUAUUGCAUGACCAAGGCCGUGACAGCGGCCGUCGAGAGCGGCGCCAAAGCCUACGCCUACGCUGGCGGUAUCGCGCAGGAAUCACUGUCCAACGUCAAGAUCGUCCACGUGCUCAACACGCUUCAGGCGGCCGUGGACAAGUACUCAGCAGCGCUCCACGACUCGCAAGCAGCGGGGAUUCGCAAAGGCUUUGCGGUGGGCAUCGGCACCGGCAUCGACCUCUACAUCCUCUUUAGCACGUACGCCGCUGCAAUGUACUAUGGCGCGACGCUGGUCGUUCGAGACCAAUUGGGGGACAGCUCCCAGUCGUGCGCUCUGUCGAGUCAGUGCUACGAUAGCGGUCGCAUCAUCACAGCGUUUUUCUGCGUCGCCAUCGGUGCCAGUGCCUUUGGACCUCAUCCAUCGAAACCCUAG